UGACAACCUCCAUCCUCAUCAUUGUCUCACUCUUUUUGUCUAAACAUGGCUAUAUCUGUUUGCCAAUCCAGGCGUAGCACUAGUCACAUUUGAUCACCGUCUCGCACUAGGUCUGCGCCGAGCCUGUUUUCUGCCGACAGAGCUGGUCGGACGUCGGACCUCCGAAACACAACGCGCUCACCAGGCCACUGGGCCGCGUGAACUAGUUCUGAUGCUGGUGUGACUGCGUGCUUUUCAUUUCAAGUUAAAUCAGCUUGUUCUCGGCAUAUUUGUCCUUUCAUUUUGUCUGGUCUUAUUGUCGAUCAUUUCUGAGGAACACGCGACACAUUAACUACACGGCAUCCAACCACCAACCACCAACCACCGUCUUGAACCCAACAUGAGCUCUCGACCAAGAGCGGGUCGGGGCGCGACAGGACGCGACGGCAAGGAGUCGGAUCUUGAGAAUGACAUCCUCAGCAGGGUUCUUGAAAGUCUUCGAAAGGCGCAAGGAUUCAAUGACCAUUGCAAGCGGCUAGGACAAGAGAUUCUGGCUUUAGAGGAAGAAAUCAAGGCUCAAGGCCGUAAGUCCCGGACACCUCCCUCUCGCCAGAUCAUGCCACCCCUGGACAUCUGGCUAACACCCUUCACAGAUUCGACCUCUGAACAGCAUCGACGUCUUGACACCUUGUACCGAGACAAUCUUCGAUAUUCGGAGAUGGAGCGGAAGGUGCACGAAGACGAGGACAUUGUCAAUAAUCUGGCAAUUCUUGCUACGAUGAAAACCAAUGAUGAUCUUGCCCCCAGGAAUGGGCAGCCAAAAUCCCGCAAGCAUCAACGCCCUGUCGCUGUGGAAGUUGAGGUACCAGCAGAAUCCCCUGGCCCCAGCCCCGGUGAUGGUCGACUGGAGAUGAUGAAGCGAGUCAAGGGUACUUCCCAACGAAGCUCGAGUACAGCAAGCCAGAACCGUGCAGCCGCCAGCGGUAAGGACGAUGGUGUGGAACUUCACAAAGGGAUCCAAGCAGAACGGGCUGGGCAACUGGUCGCUGGUACCGAAGUCUUCUACAAAUAUCCCAAAGAUCAAGCAGAUCAAGAGGAAGGAGUGGGCAUUCAUGGCAUUAUCAAGAAAGUGUGGCAGGAGAAGAAACCAAUUCAAUACGACGUCAGGGACCCUGAAGAUGACCUGUCUGGCAAGCAAACCGUGCGCAAAGCCACGGCGCGAGAUCUGGUGCCCAUCUCACAAGUCAACCCCGGCGUAGCACAAUUCCCUAAUGGAGGCAAUGUCUUUGCCAAAUACCCCGACACCGACACCUUCUACCGAGCCAAGGUCAAGAACUUCCAGAAGACGAUGUACAGCCUGAAGUUCGACGAGGAUGAUAAGGAAAUGCUCGUGGAUGCUCGAUUCGUUUUGGACUCGCGGCUUAGGUGAUUAGGUAUCUAGCAAUCGCUUAUGAAUACAUGAGAUAUGACUACAAUUGAAAUGAAACGUCCGAUUGGCCGUAAAUGAAAUUGAUCAACC